ACUCUAUCAGCAUUUCCGGUACUGUCCGUACCUCCGGCGAAAAUGGCGUUUCUCUACCGACGGAGCGUUCUUGCCUCCGGCGUCCUUCACCGGAGAUACCUUUCGUUCACAGAGCUUUCAUCGCACCGAAAAGACACCGCCUUCUCUCUCUUAUCCCGAGUAGGAAACCGGUGUCUAAGUUCCAGCAACGUGUCGGCGCACAACCAAAUCGCAGGACAAAACGCUUAUGAGAUCCUAAAGGUUUCCCAGACAAGUUCAUUCGCCGAAAUUAAAGCUUCAUUUCGGAAAUUGGCCAAAGAAACGCACCCUGACCUUGUUCAAUCGCAGGACGACUCCUCCGCUUCCCAGCGCUUCGUCCAAAUCCUUGCAGCUUACGAGAUAUUAUCCAACAUAGAGAGGAGGGCACACUAUGACAAUUUUCUAUUAGCUCAAAAAGUGCAAAUUAAGAGGCCAUCUAUGAAUUAUUCAACAAUGUACUCGUAUAGAUCAAAGGGAGUGGUAAUGAAGAAGAUGGAAGUUGUUGAAUGGCUAAAAUGGUAUAGGCAUGCUCUGAAUGAUACUUUGUAUGAGAAAAGAGUGGUGGCAGGAUCAAGUUACUUUGAUGUGCUCGAGAGAGACUUCUAUUCAGCUGUACAUGCCGCCUACUUUGGACCUGAUAUUGGUUCCAUGGACCUUCUUCCAGAAUGCUUUGAAGCCGAAGAGAGGUCAUCAUCCUAUGAAACACAUGAGGUCUUGCACUUGGUUAAUGGUCGAGAGCUAUUUGGGAUGGUGUGUUUAGCCAAUAAGGUUCCUGAAUUAUCACAUUCCUAUACAGAAAAGCUGUCAUUAUUUUCUUCUGCAAUUUCAAAGUUGUCCCAGUUUAUUUAUCCUUCAAAUGUACCGUCUGGUUCUAGAUUUGCUGGUGCUGGCAGUUCUCAAAAGCAGAAUGAAGAUGCUGAUGGAUAUAAAGAUCUUGAAUUGUAUGUAGCGGGAAAGAUGGUUGCUGUUGCGACCAGAACUCUUCCCAAGAGCUACAAUGGAAAUGACAAUGAUGAUCCUAAAGAUCAAAUAAAUGUUUACCUUAAUUUAGGCGAUGAAGUUGAACAGGCAAACAAGAAAUAUUCUGGGUGUUCGUAUACGAAUGUCUUAGGCGGGACUUGGUUUCCAGUUGGGAAGGUAAUUGGAUUGGGAACAACUCCAGAAGAAGAUUCAUGUUUCAUCUACAAUAAUAGUGGUGUAAAAACCCACUUUAUUGUUAAGCAUAGGACACUGCUGGUGAAACAUAUGCACUGGUAUAACGUGGGAGACAAAGCUUCUGUCUGUGAAUGUAGAUGUAGGCGAGCUCGGUUGCCACCAAGCAAAUAUUGGCUAUUUGAGCCUCGAUGUGGCAUGCAUGAUAUUGGUGGUUGGUAUGUGGAGACAUUUGGCAAAGAUCACAAAGGUCGAAAUGUCUUGUCCAGAAGGUAUUGGGAUGGAGUUGAUGCUAAUGAAAAGCUUGACAAGAGGCUUCAUCCUGCAAUGUAUUUGUUUUCCAUCGCAUAUAGAACUCUGGAUCUUGAGGAUGCUAAAAGAAGGAAAAAAACAAUUAGACAUAUUAUUAAAGAAGAGACUUCAAGAACGAUCAGAUGGUUCAGAAAACUCGUACAGUUGUAAUUUGGUGUUCCAUGAUGAGUACUUUUUGCUGCCUAAUUCAUAAUAUGCUUCCAAGUCUCACAUUUGAUAAAACACUUCAGCUCCCUGUUACAUCUUGUUGAAGAAAAAUUGAAGAGUGCAUAAACAUUAUCCUUAGACGAAAAUAUAAAGCCAGUUCCUCACAUUUGUCAUUUGAAGUUCGUCCUGAAGAG